GUGAUGGGAGUGCCUGCGCGGGGAGCACUCGCGGCGAUCGUCGCCAUAAGCGCUUUCGCCGUCUAUCUGAACAGCCUUAACUGCGGCUUCGUUUUCGAUGACAUUUCCGCGAUCAAGGAUAACCGGGACUUGAGACCUCACACGCCUCUGAAAAAUGUCUUUUACAAUGAUUUUUGGGGCACUCCUAUGCACAAGGAGCAGUCGCACAAAUCGUAUAGGCCAUUGUGCGUUCUCACAUUUAGAUGGAAUUACUUAAUUCAUCAAUUGGAUCCUAUGGGAUACCAUCUGCUUAAUGUUAUCCUACAUGUUGGAGUAUGCUUAUUAUAUUUUAGGACUUGUUUGAUGUUUCUGUCUGAUUCGGCAACUUUUGUGUCUUCUCUUCUAUUUGCUGUACAUCCCAUACAUACAGAGGCAGUUACAGGAGUGGUGGGAAGAGCAGAAACUUUGUCGUCUUUAUUUUAUCUGGCAGCUUUAAUCACAUAUACUAAAUGUUGCAGAAGUAAAAGAUCAACAGGAUGGAAGUCCUUGAUGUUAUCUAUGUUAUUUGUUUUUACUGCAAUGCUAUGCAAGGAACAGGGAAUAACAGCUACUGCUGUUUGCGUAUUGUAUGAGAUUUUUGUUGUACAAAAGGUCAGAGCACUGGAUAUUUUCCUGACAUUAAAGGCGGCUUUUGGUGGGAAAAAAAUGUCCCUUACGUGGUCUAGUGAAGGUACAAAACGUUUGACUGCCCUUACACUUGUUACAUUUAGUUUACUCAUACUUCGACUACAUGUAAUGGGCUCAAAGUUACCUGUAUUUACCAGAUUUGACAAUCCUGCGUCUGUGGCACCAACGCCUGCAAGGCAGCUUACAUACAAUUACCUCGCAGCAGUCAAUUUAAGGCUGUUAUUUCUUCCAAAUGAUUUAUGCUGUGAUUGGACUAUGGGAACGAUACCACUAAUAGAAAGUUUUACGGAUAUUCGUAAUUUUGCUACUAUAGCAACUCACACAACAGUGUUAGGGUUGCUGGCAACAGCAAUUUUAACACCUAAUAGGCAAACUUCCAUCAUUCUUUUAAUGAGUUUGGCUAUGAUGAUACUACCAUUUUUACCUGCUUCAAAUCUCUUUUUCCCGGUUGGAUUCGUCAUCGCUGAGAGGGUAUUAUAUGCGCCAUCUAUGGGAUUCUGUAUGCUUAUUGGAUAUGGAUGGAGUAUUUUAUGCGAUAAAAAAUUCAAGAAACUUAUACUAUUUUUACUAAUAACACUUCUGGCUAGUCACUCUACAAAGACUUUUAUUAGAAAUUAUGAUUGGUUAGACGAAUAUUCUAUAUUUAUGUCAGGACUGAAAGUGAAUAAUCGCAAUGCCAAAUUGUUUAAUAACGUCGGGCACGCAUUGGAAAGUCAAGGACAAUUUAAAGAAGCACUGAACUUUUUUAACAUGGCUGUACAAGUUCAAGGCGACGAUAUUGGCGCGCACAUCAACGUAGGCAGAACUUACAAUCACCUUAAAAUGUUUAAAGAAGCCGAAGACGCAUACUUAAAAGCAAAAUCCCUACUUCCGAAAGCAAAGCCUGGAGAGUCUUACCAAGCUCGUAUAGCACCGAAUCACUUGAAUGUUUUUGUGAACUUAGCGAACUUAAUAGCAAAGAAUGCAACUAGGUUAGAAGAAGCUGAUUUGCUUUAUAGACAGGCGAUUAGUAUGCGCGCUGAUUACACGCAGGCAUAUAUUAAUCGAGGCGAUGUCUUAAUUAAGCUUAAUCGUACUAAAGAAGCCCAGGAAGUUUACGAACGGGCUCUUUUUUACGACAGUAAUAAUCCAGAUAUCUAUUACAAUCUGGGAGUUGUAUUCUUGGAACAAGGAAAAGCAUCCCAAGCUUUGGCGUAUUUGGAUAAAGCAUUAGAAUUCGAUCCGGAACACGAGCAAGCUUUAUUAAACUCAGCUAUCUUACUUCAAGAAUUAGGACGUGCGGAAUUGCGAAAAGUAGCCAGAGAAAGACUCUUGAAAUUGUUGAGAAAGGAUUCCAAUAACGAGAGAGUGCAUUUCAAUCUUGGAAUGUUAGCCAUGGAUGAUCACGAUAAUGGAAGCGCGGAACGAUGGUUCCGAAAUGCAGUUGCUUUAAAGGAAGAUUUCCGGUCCGCGUUAUUCAAUUUGGCUCUGUUAUUGGCAGAUGAACAACGUCCCCUCGAGGCAGCACCGUUUUUAAAUCAGCUAGUUAGAUUUCAUCCGGACCACGUUAAGGGAUUAAUUCUUUUAGGGGAUAUAUAUAUUAACAACAUAAAAGAUUUGGAUGCGGCCGAAAACUGUUACCGUAGAAUACUGCAGUUGGAUCCAACAAAUAUUCAAGGUCUACAUAAUUUGUGCGUUGUAAUGGUGGAACGUGGAAAGUUAGGUUUGGCUGCUCAGUGUUUGGAACGGGCAGCAGCUUUGGCACCGCAGCAGGAUUACGUGCACAGACACCUUGCUAUUGUAAAGGCUCGCAUCAGUAGGCUACCUUCGGAUCAACGUGAUACGGAAGUCUUCGACGAUUCUUUCUGGCAGACUAGUCCGAAGGAGAGGAAUUUUAAUAUGGGGGACAUUUCAACUGGUAGCACCGGCGGCAGUUCAACCGCUCCUGGAGGUCCUGGAAAUAUGGUUAACAGUGGUAACCAGUUUCUGGGAAAAACAGAUUCCGUGUUCUCGAAUCAUCACAAUCACAUAGGAAAUAAGAAAAGCAGUGCUGAUUCGUUGAAUAAUAAUAUAAUCCACUUGAAGAGUCCGUCGAAACAUGGAAGGAUUCCACUGAAUGAAAUUAAAUCAGACGCGAAGGAAAUAUAUAACGAUAAAACGAAACCUUCGAGUUCAAGCGGAAGCUCGAAAGACACGCAGAAACGUUCACCUGAAAUAGGUUUCAGCGCGGACACGACGGAAUUGACAAUCGACCGAGAACGCGCAGGCAAAACGAUUAAUUCCGAGCAAUUCGAUCAAGUCGCGCCGAUCUUUCCAACCGGCGGAAACCAUACUGAAACCACACGUCAAGCUAAAGACACCGCGUUCUCAUAGUGUUGACGUUACAAUCCGCCGAAUAUUGUAUAAAGUUAUAUUCUACGUAUAACGAAAGAAUAUGGUGGUACAGCCGUAUAGAGCUAAUGUGUGAAUAUAAAAUGAAUACAGAGUAUUGUUUUAUAUGCUGUACGAAUAGAAUG